AUGUACGGCUCAUACGGAUCAUACAGCUCCAUGAGCGCCGUGUCCAUCACCGCUCCCAUCGACAUCGCCCCCAGCAACAUGCUCGCCCACGACCGCUCCUGCGCCUUCCCUUCGUGGCCGCGCCGCGACACCCUCGCCGACUUUGAUGGCGAGUCCAGAGCUACUUCUUACCUUUCCGACGAGGACCUCUUUCCCCAAGACUUCGAGGACGACACCCACAGCGUUGCCAGCUCCGCCAGCUUCUCUUCGCCCAGCUCGCGCUCUCCCCAGAUCACCGAGGCCGAGCUUCUCGAGAUGGAACGUGAGAGGAUGGCUCUCCAGCGCGAGGCCAUGCGCUGCGUCAUGCUCGAGAAGGAGCGUCGUCGUCAGCAAGCCCUGAGGCAAAAGCAAACCCGCCGUGGUAGCUCCAAGAAGAGCCCCAAGAGCAAGCAGGCCGUCAUGACUCCCAUCGCCGAGUGA